CCGCUUCUCCUUGUCCUUUAUCUUCCCCCUCUCCCCUCUCCAAAAAUGGCGUUUCGUGCUCCGAUCUCGCGAUCCCUCCUCGCCACCGCGCGAUCCGCCGCGUCCUCGCUCCGAUCCCCUCCCACCGCCUCUCGCCUCCGCUCUCCUCCCGUCUCCGCCCCUCGCCUCCCCCACCGCCGCUUCUCCUCUCCGAGGCCCUUGGGAGCAUUGGGUUGUACUCAGUCGCUCCUACCGCUCCACAGCGCGGUGACCCUUCCCCGCCUCACCUCGCACCUCUCGGUCGCCGCGAGGGCGUGUUGUGAGCUCUCUCAGGGGAAAAGUUGCAAAGAUGGUUGAUGCGAGAAAGUGGACAUCAUCCGGUGGAAAUCCUUCGGCUAAUAAUGCUGUACUUGAAUACAGUUGAUUGAUGGAUGAUCCCUUUGUAUUAAAUCGAGGGAAUAGUCUUCUCGUCGUUCGUCUGGUGACUUCUGGGAUGGUCUUGUAGCUGGGAAAGUUGGACAGUUUGAUGAAUAAUUUGUUGUCAUGUUGAUAAACUUGGCAUUUUCCCAGUUCGGAUUCCAGUUACUAAAUUCAUAAUUCCUUUUUUCCCUGUCAAAUUGUGGAACUAUAUUUACUUUUGUAGCCAGUUAGUAAUUCCUUUUUUGGGGGUAUUAUGUGAA